GUAGUAUUUCGCAAGCAACCAACAGCAACGGUUCUAAAAUAUUUAAAAAAUAAACUUUAAGAUCAAAAAAGUGUUUUACACGUUCUAAAACGUUUAAUCGUUAAUUCGUUUUUUACGUAAUUAUUAAAAAAUCUAUAAAUCGAUUUUUGUUAUUAUUUGCCUGCAACUUGCACGUGCUAUAACAUCCAUAUGUACUUGUAGAGUACAUGAAUAAAUACAUAUUCGUGUGACUCUCUUUUUCUCUGUUUUGCUAUUUUUUUCUAACACUCUAACAUAAAUAACAAAUCGUAACUCGGUUUUUACGUUAAACUUGAAUCCAUUCAUAUUUCUAUUUAAAAUUGCAAACGUAUCUAGAUAUAGUUCAUGUUUAAUUGUGUGUGUUUUUAUAUAUUUUUAUUUAUUCUAAUCAAAACAAAAAGGAAUUUCAAAUUCACAUUGAUAUAAGGUUUUUUGAACCUGUAUGAACAGCGGCACACAUACCACUUAAAGGACAAAUAAGACUUUAACCACCUUCAACUAAUUGCUUAACCUAGACAUUCAUAAAGUCAACAAACCAACCAUUUUUCAGCAGUAUCACUUUAACAGUUGCAGCAUUCAAGGCCCCACUUUUGAGAAUGGAAAAAAUCUUGAAAUAAGUUUUAUUUGAACAGUUAAAUUGAAGUGGCAUAUUUGAACAGAUUGCACAAUAAAGGGGGUCUGUCAUUUGCCGCUAAAAAAUCCCUACAGAAAUGGAUUUGAAAACAUCAAGUAUAAGUGAAACAUCAGAUCCUUAUUUGGCUCCUAGUAAAUCAACAGAUUUAAUAAAACCCAAAGAUGGUCUGGAAAAGGAUACAUCAUCAAUUGCAAAGGCUAAUGAAGAAUAUAAAGUUUACAAACGCAGAUGGGCUGUUCUGAUAUUGUUCGCUUUUUAUUCGGCCUCAAAUUCAAUGCAAUGGAUUCAAUAUAGUAUUAUUAAUAACAUUGUAACCAAAUAUUAUGGUGUCAGUGAUAAAUGGAUUGACUGGACAUCAAUGAUAUAUAUGAUAUUGUAUAUACCAUUGAUAUUUCCGGGCAGUUGGUUCUUAGAUAAAAUGGGUCUUAGAAUUACAGCUUUGGUUGGAGUUUUUGGUACUUGUAUUGGAGCAUGGAUUAAAGUAUUCUCAGUUGGUCCAGAUUUGUUUUUUGUAGGCUUUUUUGGUCAAAGUAUAGUGGCUUUAUCACAGGUUUGCAUUUUAUCAUUGCCGGCUCGUUUAGCAGCAGUUUGGUUCGGUCCCGAUCAGGUAUCUUCAGCGUGCAGUGUUGGCGUAUUUGGUAAUCAGUUGGGCGUGGCUCUUGGUUUUGUUCUACCACCUAUGUUGGUGGCAAAUUCAGAUGAUCCGGAACUUGUGGGGCAUGAUUUACAAUGGAUGUUUAAUUAUGUUGCAGGAAUAACAACAGUGCUGGUCAUUUUAAUGGUUUUAUUUUUCCAAGACAAACCGCCCACACCACCAUCAGCCGCCCAAAAGGUUGCCUUGCCCGGUUCAAUAGAGGCUCAAAAUGAAGUUUCAUUUAUGCAGUCGUUGAAGAAUUUAAUGAUGAAUCGUAAUUAUAUUUUACUUUUAAUUUCAUAUGGUAUGAAUGUUGGAGUCUUUUAUGCGAUAUCUACAUUGCUCAAUCCGGUGGUUCUGAAAUAUUAUCCCGGCCAUGAAGUGGAUACCGGUCGUAUUGGUUUAGCGAUUGUUUUAUCUGGCAUGUUGGGAUCCGUUGUAUCCGGUAUAGUUUUGGAUAAAUCACACAAAUUCAAAGAAACAACUUUAGCGGUAUACGCAUUUUCCAUGGUGGGCAUGUGGGUGUUCGCUUUUACUUUGGAUACUGGAAGCAUUGCAGUUGUCUAUGUUACUGCAUCAUUGUUAGGCUUUUUUAUGACUGGCUACUUGCCGGUUGGCUUUGAAUUUGGAGCUGAACUUACGUACCCUGAACCGGAAGGUACAUCCUCCGGUCUUUUAAAUGCAUCAUCACAGGUCUUUGGCAUUAUCUUUACGUCCCUGUAUUCAUGGUUGUUCAGUGAUUACGACGAUGUAACGGCAAAUGUAACAAUGGCUGUAAUGCUGAUUUUAGGCACCAUCAUUACGGCUUUGAUUUCUUCAGAUUUGAGACGACAAAAUGCUCAGAUAUCAAAUAAUGCAAACAAUCCUUAGGAUCGGAUAGAUUUUGUUUAAAUAACACACAAUUAAACACAAUGUAAAAUUGUAAGAACCUGUGAACGAGUGGGCGUGUGAGUGAGUGAGUACGUGAACACCUAUGAACGGUGGAACGUGGUUUAUAGAAAUUAAAGAAUGCCAAAUUUUAAUAUUGUGUUAUUUAAACAAAAUCGUUAAGCGUAUAAUAAUUCAUUUAAUAUUUACUACAUAGCAAUAACAAAAGAAACAUGUAUUUUAUAAUUGUUAUUUAAUUUUAGUGUGUACAUACCCUUAUAUUACAUUUAUUUAUAUACAUGCAUACAUAUUUUUAUAUUAAUUUUCUUUUAAUUUUACUUUUAUAAGAGUUUUAAACUUAAUUUGUGAUCAGGAAAUACAAAAAUAAAAUUAAAUUUUUAGGAAAUGAUCCUUUCAAAUUAUUUAGCUGCACUUUGUGUAAGUACUUCUAGGUACUAACGGGAAAUUUGCCAAAUUUGGAAAAAAAAAAAGUUGAAAUUUUUAUUAGAAAUUUCAAUUUUUCGUUACUAUGCUGUGGAUUAAUGAAGUGCAGAUUUAUUUAUAUAAAAAACCAAAUUGGAAUAAUGACAAUUUAUAAAGUAGCUAUGGCUAUUUGUCAUAUUUUAAAUUGGUGUUGGUUAUUUUAAAUUAUACUUCUUUUUAAGUUCUAACUCUUAUAUUUUAUCUUUGAUUUUAAACAGUCAGAAUGGGUUGUAAAUAUAAAAUAUAUAUUUUUUUCUUAUUUUUUUUUUGCAUUCUUCACUUAAAAAAAAAAAAAAAACACUAAAAUUGUUCUUCUCACUAGCAGCACAGGUUUCGCAAUUGACACAUUUACUCUAUUUGAUAAUUUGUAUUUGAUUAAAUCUUUUCAUAGAACAAGCUUUAUAAACACCAAACGUACAUUCCUAAUAUGUACCCGAAAAUGUUACAAAAAUUAAUUUAUUAAUUAAAUAAAUAUCUGCACAAAUACUAUACACGAAGUAUUUAAACAAAAAAAAAUUAUUUAUUGUUUUUUGAAAUUUUUAGUUUAUACACUGCCAAAACAAACACAAAAAUAGUAAAUUAUUUAAAUCCCUGUAAAGGGAAAAGGUACAUAAGUACUAAGUACAUUGUCCAGAUAAAUCGCAAUUGCCUGUAGAAAGAGAACUAAGUGUUUGUUUUCAACAAUUUUUACAUAAGAAACCAUAAUAUUGAUUUUAACAAGAAUUUAUGGAAAUUUUGAAAAAUGAUAUCUUUAAAAAAUUAUUGAAAGCAAAACGCCAUUCCUUUUUUUAAGCGCACUACCGAUAUAUAGUACAUACAGUGUCUAAUAUAAGUUUGUGUAUUUUAUGCUAACCUAAAAAAAAAUAAUGAAACUUUAAGACAAUAUUAAAAAUUUCGGUCAUAUUAGAAAAUAAUAUGGGGAAUAUUUAUAUGUUCAACUGUACGAAUAUUAGGUUUAAAAAAAAUGUUAGACACUGUACAAAUAUUACAAUAAAAAAUACUACAAUAAUUACUAAAAAUAUCUAGUAUUAAAAUGUUUAUGUGUUAAUAGAUGAGACAAAAUUGUACCAAAUAUAAUAAAUGUUAACAUUUAAAAAUAUAUACACUAACAAUAAUUUAAAUGUCUUUAUUUUACAAAAAUUUUAACCAAAAUUUAUAUGUACAUUAGAUCGACUUGCAGAAAAAAUGUUUUUUUAAAAUAUAUACAAACAUAUUUGUUUGAAUCUGGCGAUAACCGUUCAUGAGCUGGGCCAUUUUUAAAUAAAAUAUCCCAAAACGAAUAUGAUUAUACCCUUUUCAAUUGUACAUUUAAAUAAUUUUUUAACUUUUUUUUUUAAUUUAAAAAAAAAUCAAAAUUCUGUGAAUAAAUCGUUAAGAUAAUAUAAAUCAAAUCUUCAAAACCCCAUUUUUUAAGAUUUUUGGAGAUAUAUUUCGAGCAUAUACAUAUGUUAUUAUUUUCCGAGGCAAAUUGCAUAUCAAAUGAAAAGUCUUUCGAAUAUCUUAUGAUAUAUGUAUAUUGACUAUGUAUACCUAUACAUAUCUCAUUUGGAUCAUAUCUCCAUUAUUUAUUAAUCAAAUUUGCUGAUUUUUAAUGUAAAACUUCUCUAAAGUAUUUCUGAUUUAAUUUUUUUUAGUAUUUUGAUCCGAAAAAUUUCUUAAAAUUAAAUUGUGUUAAUUACAAGAAUGACAAACUUAUAUACCAUAUCCUUCAUCAACGGGAGAAGGUUAGACCUUCUUUUGAGAUCGAUACAUCUCACGAAUGGUCAUCAAUAGUACCAAAAUCUUUUGAGAAUAAUCAUUAAACAAUGCCAGGAGUAAGCCCUGAUUUACAUUGAACAAUUUCCUUCUAUAUGUAUUUCUUUCUUGCUCUCAAAAACAUAAACUUGAGAAAAAAAAAAUAACAAUGAAAACCAGGACUAACCAUAACAUUUUUUGUUUUCUAUACCAACUGAAUCGGUCUAUUAACAGUUCAUAUCGUCAACUAAAGCGCAAACGGCA